UGCCUGCAGUCUCUGGUCAUGUCCUGUAGUAUGUCUGCAGUCUCUGGUCAUCUCCUGUAGUAUGUCUGCAGUCUCUGGUCAUCUGCUGUACUAUGUCUGCAGUCUGUGGUCAUCUCCUGUACUAUGUCUGCAGUCUCUAGUCAUCUCCUGUACUAUGUCUGCAGUCUCUGGUCAUCUACUAAACUAUGUCUGCAGUCUCUGAUUAUCUCCUGUAGUACAUCCACAGUCUCUGAUUAUCUCUUGUAGUACAUCCACAGUCUCUGCUCAUUUCCUGUACUAUAUCUGCAGUCUCUGGUCAUCUCCUGUAGUACAUCUGCAAUCUCUGGUCAUCUACUGUAAUAUGUCCGCAGU